GGAAGCGGCGCACACACGUAGACAAUGAUAAGCGGUAUCAGCUACGCACCGAUGCUAUGAGGAUCGUGGAAGAUAUCGAAGAUGAAGACAGCGAAGAUGAAGAUAUCGAAUAUGAAGACAGCGAAGAUGAAGACAGCGAUGGUGAAGACAGCGAAGACGGAGAUUAUUAUGAGCCCACAUCAACUGGACGAAAUCGAAACCCUGGUAGGGUCCCCAGCAUUCUAGAGUCGCUUUCGGCCGACCGGCACCCAAAUUCUGCUGAACGCAAACGCCCCAAGACGCUGAUGGGCACGAUCCGAGUCAGCCGUGCGGGCUUAAGCCUUAGAAGUACUGCAUCCGAUCGUCCUCGCACUCUCGGGCCAGAUCCGCAGCAGCUGAGCGACGAGUCGGUGGUCGAGACAUCUCCAGUUCCGUCGACAUCGGAAAUUAUCGCCAACAGCAUCGAGCGUACAGCGCUGCCCGGGUCUGGUGAGACGGUAGAAUCGAGGGGCCAACAAGCCCUCCCCAAGCAUGAGCUGGUCAAAAUGCGGGACAAUCUUCGCCUUCUAAUCCUUGGAGAGCUUUGCGAUAUCCGUUCCGCCCACUCGAAGUCUCAAGGUCCGGCCCAAAUGUGGAGCAAAUCUCAAGAGCUGGACGACCUUCUAUUGGCUAUUUGGAAAGCAGACAAAGAAGAAAUCCUCCUUGAGAUGGGACCAGAGAAGUACAAGAAUGUAAGCGACGUAGUCGAUGCCUGGCUACUCUUUCGGGACAUCGCCAGAAAACUCGGCCGACACGCAGGCGUGCACCCUUCCGAAGGGAAGCCAUUUCCGCAAAUUGGUUACGAAGCGUGGGUGGAGAAGCUUGGAGGUGACGAUAAGUAUCUCGAAUUGGAUUACCAGUUGACGGAGGCCCGUGUCGAGCUGCGAAAGUCUGGAGCAUGCCGGAACACGGCCGAGGUUGCGGGGAAGUUGACUGAGGCGUUCGCCUCCGCAACCAAGUAUGCCAACGCGACCAAGGCCUACAAGAAGGGAGUUACCAGGUUCAACGAGAAUUUAUUCUCUUGGCAGUUGGACUUCUAAGACUGAGCUAUAUGGCGGACACCACGGCUGAUAGCCUCCCUGGCCAACGCUUUUACCGCUUCGAUUCUUCUCUCUCGGAAGGCAUUACGUCUCUCUAGAUGUUGGCUGACAGAGGAAGCGGUGCAUGUACACCAGCUUCUUCAUGACUCAUGUAUGAGUAGGGAGUGGGGGCGAAUGACGAGGAUGGAUUGGGUUGUUGAGAUCG